AUGGCAGUGGCCAAGCAGCCGUACUACAACUGCGUCGAGCGCACGCUGUUGGUUGCGCUGUGCUUGCAGUCUUUUGCCUCCGAGGUGACAGAGGGGUGCGCCGUGCCAGAGGUGGAGCUGGUGCCACCCGACGCGGGCACCGGUGCCCCGCCGCCUUCAUUCCUCGUCCCCCCUGCCACCCCCCACGCAGCGUUGCGGUGUCACCCGCUGCGGCUGCAGUGGAGCAGCGGGGACGAAUGCUUCAUUGAGGGGUCAUGCGACAGCACUCGCGUGUCCUUCUGGCUUGCAGCGGCACACCAGCCCGACGACCCCCUCUCGACGCAGCUACUUAGCGAAUACAUGGCGUUCUUCUGCUCUCACGGCGCCGCCACCGGUGCACUGCCGAUCCUUCGCUGCACCCCGGUGCGAAGGACGUCGACAGGGAAACCGGGAGCAGUUGCGGCGGGCCAACCCAUCUACGACGUGUCGUUCUUAGUGCUGGCCGAGCACGUGUACGAGUACGGCCGGCAGCGCCUGGCGCGGUGGAUACUGACAUUCGUCGAGGAGGUCGAGGCCGCCGUUGCGAACUUAAAAGUGGCGCUGAACGCCAGGCGGCGCGCAGCUGCGCAGGAGUUUUUCGCACUACCUGCGUAG